UCCCGCCAGUGCUGUUCCAUCAUCGGCACGGUCCAGACUUUCGACUGGACCCUAGACCCUGAAGAAGACAAAAGAAAGUCGCUGCCCGAAAGGUUGCACAACGGUGUAAAGAGCGCCCAAUUGACCGGGGCUACGGAUCACGAAGUACUCAGAAACAACAAGACAUCACUAUGACCGCGGCGGCGAAAGUAAUCUUGGCCUGCUGCCUGCUGGGCGCCUUCUCCAUGCAAAUGAGCUCGUCAUCGGCCAUUCCCAUCUGGGAGUUUUUGACGCGCAACGAAAAGAUGUCCCACCUGUACUCCACCUUUGCCCAAUUAGUCAGUGUGCACUGCAAGUCGACGGUGGGCGGAGGGCUCCCGGUGAACCAGUGCAAGCACAACCUGCUCGGAUAUGGAUCCACUCAGCUGCAGAAACUCUCCGACGCCCAGCUGGAGGCCCUCGAUCCAUACCAGCGCGAUGCCAACGAGCUCAUCUGGGCAUCGAUCAUGGGGGACCAUCCGAGUGGGGCCAGUCUGGUGACCACCAGGCAGCCGCUAGGCCAGCCCCUGCCCACGCCGCCAGCCUCCUCGCUGAUCAUCCUCACCCGCCAGCAGCUGCCGUCUUCGGCUGUCCAAAGCUCCAAUCCGCUCUUCGACACCAGCGGCGAGCAGAAGCACAAGUACGCCAUGGACAUGGACAUGGCUUAUGGCUACCCAGCCGUGCAGCAGUCCAGCAGUGAGAUGCCACCCCAGCGGUUCCUAACCGGACCUCUGGUCAUACGCGUGCGCCCAGAUGGGUCCCCUGUCGAGGAGGACCGCCAAAAACCCAUGCCCCACGACGAGGACCUUCCUGUUUUCCGACUGGGCCUGGCUGCCGCCCAGGGCAACAGGCAUCGGAAAAUCGCCUCCAUCAGCGCCCUGAAACAGCAGCACUUUGCCUCGAUCUUGCAGCGCGACCUCCAGCCACCGCACCAGGUGCAGAGGCGCCUCGCCCACCAGCAGCAGUAGCGGGCGUAAGGUCCUGGAGCGUGCAAAUAUUUAGAUCUAAGUCCGGUGUGUGUGUGGAUCGAAUGAAUGUGUAUCUUUGAGGUGU